AUGUUUGGAGGUUUAAUUACCUGGGAACCGAGUCAGUCAAUUCAAACGCUACAAUUUGGUUUACUUUUUACAAACUUUGUACUUUUUUGUUUUAAAUUUAAAAGUUUAAACUAUACUUAAAAAGUUUGAAACCGAAGUUACAUUAUAACGUCAAUUUUAGUUAUUAUUAUGCGAUGGGUGAUAUUGUUACCACCAAUUUGCAUAUUCUUCACAGCCUUACAACCCACCACAGCUUGUAUCUCGGUGUUGCAUAAAAGGUCAGCGGAUCAAGUUGAUGCAGUACAACAAGAUCGCAUGAAUGCUCUUGUAGCACAACGAGCUGUCAAAACUUUGGAUGUUAGUGAUGAUGUUACCAUGAUAGUAAGUUGUAACAUGUGUUUGAGCAUUUCUACCUUUUUUAUUUCAAUUAAGUGAUUUGUGAUUGAUCUGUUAUAGAUUAGUUUCUAUAGUUAUUAGUGUUAAGUUUAUUUAUAUCAUUACUUUUUAAACCUCUUACUGUAACACCACUUUUAGGAGUACUUGUCAUCAUUUGGGUACUUGAGAGCUAAACAAGAACUCAAAGAUGGGUUACGGUAAAUUUUAAAAUCUUUGAACUAGGUAAUGUUGUGUACCUACAACUCGUCAUAUUGACUCCAAUAAGUUUACUUUCACAAUUACAGCCUUUUCCAACGAUACAUGAGAUUACCUCAAACUGGAGAAGUCGAUUCAGCUACAAAGUCAUAUGUGACACGUAAAAGAUGUAGUAACCGAGAUAGUACGACUAAGAAACCAAAGAAAAUUUGGGAAAAGACGAGUAUCAACUAUGGUAUUGCAUCGUACCCAAAGAAAAUGAGAUUCACGGAUGUCAGGUAACAAGCUUCAUAAAUAGUUUAUUAAAUUUAUUAAAAUGAAGGCCUUGUUUUAGACUUUUCCCUUAUAAGUUCAGUUGUUUAACAUAAUAUUACAGAGAACUGGUCAAACAAGCCUUCUCGGCGUGGGAAAUAGUGAUAGCCAUCGAAUUCAUAGAAGUUCGAACAGCUCACAACGCUGAUAUUGUGAUUAGGUUCGAGAACACUAACCCCAUUAACAACACCGACCAUUCAUCGUUCUCCGUGGGAUCGGCUACAGGGCCAGUGAAGUCGACCAUCUGGCUGAGAGAAUCAGAGAAGUGGGACGUCUUCCAGAAGCAGGAAGAAGGCAAGAUCGACCUCUUCUUGGUACUGGUACACGAGAUAGGGCACGUACUAGGGUUGGAUCACAUCAGCGACCCCAACUCGGUCAUGUUCCCUGUAUUUCAACGUAAAACCGGCGAUGAACUGCCAGUUAUCAAUUCUGACGAUGUGGAACGGCUGAGGACGAUAUACGACUCGCCCAGCAACGUGAAGCCUUCUGGAAAGCUGAAUGCAGCUAGCCACGAAGACGAUCCAGACCCUAAAUGCCCUGAGGCACUGUGGACAGUCACCACUGCACCAUCAGGAAAGAUCUUCAUUUUUGCGGAUAAUUCAGUCUGGACCUUCAACAGUAGUCAUGAGUAUGUAGAUGGACCUCAAAGACUGAGUAAAGUAUUCCCAAAUGCUCCAAGUAGGAUUACGGUAGCUGUGUCAGAUGGUCUGAGGGUGGCGUUGAUAGAAGACAGAGAUGUAUAUCAAUAUGAAGAACACGAAGAUGGCUUCAGAGCUGUAGAAGGCAAUCCUUUCAAGCUUCACGGUAGGGUUCUGUUCUUCCCAAGCUCAGCGUUUCCACUGACCAACACUAGUGUCAUCUUGAUGGAUGUAAGUUUACUUCUGUUAGCAUUGUAUUUUUUGAAAUGACUUUUUUGAAAUGUGGCCUUCAGGGCAAUGUGUACGCGACAUAUAACCUGAGAACCAACAAACCCUCCUUACUGGGUGAUAAGAACGUUGUCUUUCCUCAUCUACCAGAGGAUAUGAGAGCUGGUAUAAUGGAAGGACGACAUACCACGAAACCAUCGUAUUUUAUGUUUACAACCGAUGAGGUAGUACAAUAUGACAUGAACACCAAAAACGUAGUAAAAACGACAAAACUAGCAUCAUUUCUGAAGUGUAAAUAA